GCGGUGGUCCGGCUGGCUACAAUCUCCUGAUGCUUUUCGUUCCCCGGCUUCCUCCCCUUCCAUCCGUCAUCUCCAGUCGCCGGGAUGUCUGUCGCGACAACGAAGAAAGAGUCCGAACUCUCUGGCCAGAUCGAUGACUUUAUGGCGCUACUAAAGCGGGGUGGAAAGCGGCCGCGCUCGGAGGAUGCUGCCCGACAGACUGUGGGGCUGCUGCGGAGGAUCGUGGCGAACGGGCGCUGGGAUAAUGCGGGAGAAUUGAUGGAUCUAAUUCGCAAGGAGGGUCAGAGAAUGACUGCUGCCCAGCCAUCUGAGACCACUGUGGGUAAUAUGGUGAGACGAGUGCUGAAGAUAAUUCGUGAGGAGUAUGGCAGGCUCCGAGGGCGAAGUGAGGAGAGUGACCAGCAGGAGUCACUACAUAAGCUUCUGACCUCUGAAAGUCUCAACGAGGAUUUUAACACCUACUAUCCCCCACUUAGGGCCAACAUCAUUGAAGCUAUUAGUGAGCUGUUGAUUGAACUAGAGGGCACCACUGACAACAUUGCUAUGCAGGCCCUGGAGCACAUCCACUCCAAUGAGGUGAUCAUGACCAUUGGCUAUUCACGCACUGUUGAGGCCUUCCUGAAGGAGGCAGCACGCAAGAGGAAAUUCCAUGUAAUUGUAGCUGAAUGUGCACCCUUUUGUCAGGGUCAUGAAAUGGCUGUUUGUUUGUCUAAAGAGAACAUAGAAACGACUGUCAUGAGUGAUGCAGCCAUCUUUGCUGUCAUGUCUCGGGUUAACAAGGUAAUAAUUGGAACAAAAACUAUCUUGGCCAAUGGUGCAUUGAUAGCUGUCAGUGGCACUCAUACCUUGGCAUUAGCAGCCAAACACCACUCCACCCCUCUCAUUGUCUGUGCACCCAUGUUCAAGCUCACACCACAGUUCCUUAAUGAAGAUGACUCAUUCCAUAAAUUUGUCUCUCCACAGGAAGUGUUGCCUUUCACAGAAGGAGAAAUUCUGUCUAAGGUCAAUGUUUAUUGUCCAGUCUUUGACUAUGUUCCUCCAGAACUUAUCACACUCUUCAUUUCAAACAUUGGUGGCAAUGCUCCUUCCUACAUCUAUCGUCUCAUGAGUGAACUCUAUCACCCAGAUGAUCGUGAACUUUGAGCUAUAGCCAUAAUUUAUAUCACAGAAUAAAUGUAUACUUUUAUCUGAAGAAAAAGCAGCUAAACAAAAUGUCAAACUGCAGAAAAUGGAAUUACUGUCUUAAAAAUAUAUUUUAUUUGACCUAUGCUUUCUCUGUUGGAAACAGUACUCCUCUAGUCUAGGUGUGUUUUGUCAACUUUAUUGAAAGACAAUGGUUUUCUGAGAAUGUUUUAGGAUCAUAUAAAGGCCAGAAUUCAGGGAAUUUGCUCACAGCUGCUAAGCUACCUUCAAUCUAUAAUAAUAAAUGUGCCUUGUAAUUGCCCAAGCUCCUUGCUCCUUCUACUUUGCUUCUUGAAAUGGGAGGUAGAGCAGAAAAGAUUAGCUAUCCAGGCUCAACAUUAGCCAUAAAAUACAAUUGAAAAUA